UCAUCAUUUUUAGACCAGCCCCCCGUCUAGUUUCUUUGUGUUCUUUACGUUUCAAUUGAGGGUUUAUUUCCAAAAUUUUGCGGCUUGUUAAAUGUAGCAUUGAUAACAAAAGUUAUUUAAAAUAUAUUCCUGAAAGAGUAUACGAUGGAGUUUACUAUAAAUCAUUACUACAGCAAACAGAACAGCCGAUGUGGUUAUUGCAAAGGCACCAAGUGCUCGGUAUCUCAUGGCAUGCACGCAUACACAAUAUUUCCGCAAGAUUACCAGGAUUUAAUAGAUCGUGGCUGGCGCCGUUCGGGCCUUUAUUGUUACAAGCCCUUAAAUAAUGAAACAUGCUGCCCGUGCUAUACUAUCAAAUGUGAUGCUCUAGAAUUUAAAUUAACCAAGUCUCACAAAAAAGUUCUCAAACGCAUGACACGAUUUCUUCGCGACGGAAAGAAAGAUAAUAGCGAGGAAACAGAAUUUGGUGCUGCAGCUAAAGAUGGUAAAGGCAAAGAUUGUGAAGAUGGAGCAGGUGGUGGGGGUUUUGAGGAAAAGGAGUCUGAUUCUGUUGGUGGAAUACGCGACGAGCCGCAAGAGCCAAAUUUGCCUAUUAGUGAUGUAGAUCUAGCAGUUGUUGCAGCCACAAACCCGGAAAAAUAUGAGACAGCGCGCAAAGAAAACCAACAUUUUGAUGACCAAACGUCGCUGCAGCCGCAGAAUGUCGACGUUUCAAAAGUAGAAAGUGCAGAGAAAUUAAAUUCUUUGAAUGCUUCCCAAAAAUCGUAUGAUGGCUCCAAUCCCCCACGCAAAAAAGCGAAAACCAUGCGCUUGGAACGCAGGCAAGCCAAAUUAGCAGCUAAAGGUAUUGCGGAGCCUGAAUAUAAAACGCAAGCGUCGAUAAAGAAAGGAAAUAGCCCAGAGAAAACACUUUCGGAAUAUUUUGCUGAUAUUAGUCCUAAUGACAAACACAAAUUAGAGUUAAAAUUGGUUCAUGUCAAAAGCCAAGAAUUCAAGGAUUCGCUUAAAUCUACAUACGCGCUUUAUCAGAAGUAUCAAACGCGCAUUCACAACGAUCCCCCAACUCAUAUAAGCGAAUAUUUGGAGUUUUUACAACAAUCGCCACUUAAGUACACAAAAACACGCGAUGGCCCUACAGCUGGUUAUGGUUCGUUUCAUCAACAAUAUUGGUUGGACGAUAAGCUAAUAGCUGUAGCAGUCAUUGACAUACUUCCGUUUUGCGUUAGCUCAGUGUACUUCUUUUAUGAUCCGGACUAUAGUUUUUUGUCACUGGGGACCUAUGGAUCGCUAAGAGAGAUCGAACUUGUACAACAGUUGGCGAAGAAAGUGCCUGCUCUCAAAUAUUACUACAUGGGUUUCUACAUACAUUCUUGCCCUAAAAUGCGUUACAAAGGUCGUUUGGUGCCUUCAUAUUUAUUAUGCCCUGAAACAUAUACUUGGCAUUUGUUGACUAAAGAAAUUCGCGCAAAGUUGGAUCAACACAAAUACCAGCGUUUCAAUCCCAACGAAAACGCAAAAGAUGCUGAUGAGUUUCAGGACUCUGACCUAAAUAAUGUGGUACUCUUAUAUGACAAUACUUACUUAACGUAUCGCCAAUACAUCCAGGUAAGCAUGCUAAACGUUUGGAAAGAGUUUGCACAAUUCGCAUUGCGUUGCGUAAAUCAGUUUCGCUCUUUAAUUUCAAUUAUUUUAGAUUUUUUGUUGUUGCUUAACUAGGUGGUUUAUAUUU